AUGCCCCUAGGAAUCAACCUCGCCACACCUCCGGACACACCAGCCCUAGCAACCCUCUUCUUCACAACCUUCUCCGACAACUUCAACACGAAACUCUUCCCGCGCACACCGGACGUGCACACCUGGUGGACACGCGCCCUAGCCCAGGACAUCCGGAACCCACGCAAACGCCUCCUAAAAGUAAUCGACACGGACGCUGACCCGGCUAAAAAUGAGCCUUCAAUUGUGGGAUUUGCACUUUGGUCACUUCCUGAUUCGGUGCCCAAUGUCUCAACGACGGAGAAUAAGACCGGGUCUGAGGGGGUAGAGAUUGAAGAACUUGAGGAUGGGUUCAGUCCGCCUUGGCCGGAGAGCUGUGACGGGGCGUUGUGCGAGAGGUUCUUUGGUCGGAAUUAUGAGCAGCAGGUCGAGGUGAUGGGGGAUAAGAGGUAUUAUUACGUGGAUAUUGUAGGAACGCAUCCUGCGGCAAGGAGACGGGGUGUUGCGACGAUGCUUGUGAAUUGGGGAUUGGAGAGAGCGAAGGAGGAAGGACUGGAGGUGUAUUUGUCUUCAACGCGGGAGGGGAGAUUGGUUUAUGAGAAGUUGGGGUUUGAGGUUCGGUCCACGGUCGAGGUGGAUGGAUAUGUGCAGGAUUCAAUGGUUUGGGUUCCUUGA